CGUCAUUGACGCAGCAAUCCUUUUCCCUUUCUUUCUCUCUCUCUCUCUCUCUCUCCUCCAGUGGCAGAGAGUAAAAUAACACCUACCCUAAAACCUUCCCUUUUAUCCCACCGCGACUUCUCCGAAGCUCGAACGCCGUCCAUUCACCAACCUUCAAUGGCGGCUGCCCCUUCCCUCUCCGAGCAAUAUUCUUUGCCGAAAGAUGAGAAACCCGUCGAAUCAAAACCAGCUGAAGAAGCAGUAGUUGAGACAACAACAGAAGUUGUUUCUGAGAAAACCGAAGAAGCACCUGCUGCUGCUGUAGAAGAGAGCAAUGAAGCACCCGCCCCAGCUGUUGAGAGUAGUGAGGCUCCAGUUGUUGAGAGCAGUGAAUCUCCAGUUGUCGAGAGCAGUGAGGCUCCAGUUGAUGACGCUCAAACAAGUAACGAGGAUGCUGCUCCAGCAGCUGAGGAAAGCAGCGAAGCUCCAGAGCAAGAAGAAUCUGGAAGUGAAGAGGCCGAAGAAAUAAAGCUUGAGACUGCACCAGCAGAUUUCCGAUUCCCAACCACUAACCAAACAAGGCACUGCUUUACCCGGUACAUUGAGUAUCACCGGUGCACAGCUGCCAAGGGUGAAGAUGCCCCCGAGUGUGAUAAAUUUGCAAAGUUCUACAGGUCUCUUUGUCCUGGUGAAUGGAUUGACAGGUGGAAUGAACAGAGGGAGAACGGCACCUUUCCUGGACCUCUGUAAGAUGAGUCUACCUGAAACGAUGAUUCAUGUGGUUACAUUGAUUUUGUCUAAUUCAACUGUUUGUCGAGGGAAACUGCUGCCGAAAGCAAAUUUCAUAUAGAAGGCCUAGUUAAUAAAUUUAGGCUUGUUCAUUGGAACUGAAUUUAGUCCAAAAAAUACAGAGAGAUAUGUACUUUUUGCUCAUGUAAUAAUUUUGUGGUUAUGUAAUCCUGUUAACUGAGCAAUGGAACUCAGUUAUUGUAGGUCAAGUGUUCUCCAUUUUUAUACACUGAUACUGUGAGUGAAAUCAUGCGGCACUUCAAUA